AAUCCAUCUUGAUCUUGGAGCCCUGUGAUCGUAGCAUCGGGUAUUCGGAUAUACAUGUACAUGUUUUCCAGUAUUGUUUUUGUUCCAGAAGCACCUAACAAUGCCCCUUUUACUGGAGCCGAAGACUGCUUUCGGCUACCUGAUGGUAUUCAUACAAUAACUCCCAAAAAUGGUAAACAGUUUCUUGCAAGGUGUGAAGCUGGUUGGCUUAUUCUCGCACAUCGCUUCGACGGAAGUGUUGAUUUCAACGUUGAAUGGAUCUUAUACAAACAUGGCUUUGGUUUUCUCAAAGGAGGACACUUCAAAGGAAUGGACAAUAUUGUGGCUGUGUUACAACAGAAGAAGUUCAAGGCCAGGUUUGAGUUGACAACAUGGGAGAAUGAGACACGAUACGCUGAAUAUACGACAUUUGACAUUAAUGAUGAGAAAGACAAAUACCGGUUGAAUAUUGAUGGCUAUAAUGGUACAGCAGGUGAUUCAAUGAGAGCAAGUAAUGGUGAUCAGUUCUCUACGAACGAUUCUGAUAACGAUGGUCCUUAUUGGUUUGGAGACGGUUGUAGUGGGGCAGUUGCUUCCAUAUUUGGUGAAUAUCCAAAUGGUCCUAAAUGUCCAAACGCACAUUAUUGUAUAUCUUGGUACUUUUGGCCUACUGAUCUUCCAGGGGUUGAUAGCAAUUCACUUUAUUCUUUUAAAGAAGUUAAACUCAAAAUUCAACCUAUUCCAAUGUAGCUUUCAGAAGUCGAUCUCAAAUCAAACCUUAAUUCAAAUAUAGCUUUCAGAAGUUGAGCUCCAAAUUUCAAGCAACUUAAA